CCCUCCAUGUUGUUGUGCAGCUCCUUCGUCCUGGAGCAUUAGUCGACCUGCGUCGUCCGGGCCGUGCACUUGAGUAUCCAUCGGCUCUGCAACACGGCAAUGCUCUUUCCCUUGCUUGUGCUCGUUUUCAAUUUGGGUCCUCGUCUUGUCGACGGUGCCGCCAGAGCCAGCAUGGGGCCGAGGGCGAGCACGACUUACGCUGCCCAGAACCUUGUGCGAGUCGAUACACCGAUGAUCACGACGCCGCCGAGCCUUGAAGACCUACAGAAAAGAGAUCUUGUGUACCAAGGCAACUUCCUCUACGCUCCAGAUCACGUCUGUGGUUAUGUGAGCGGCGAUCCCUGUAAGAAGAGUCUCUGUAUUAGCCCUUUAUCGUGUUGAUGCCGACAGACCCGUUUGCUUCCCAUGCCGCGUAUGCAUCCUGGAUAUUUAUUGACCACCCUGCUGAAUUCUCGUCGUCCAUGAUAGCCCGACCAUGGUCAUGCGAUGCGUCGGACAAGUGCGUCUUCGCAACCUCCAACGGUGGUUUCG